UUCGAAGCCACGCCCAUUUCCGGCCCCUUCGCCUUAGCAUGGCUGUUUUGGUAGCUUUUCUUUGGAUAGGUGUCCGGAGACUGCACUGCAGCUCGGCGGCUCGGGCGGGCAGCCAGUGGCGGCUCCAGCAAGGUCUGGCUGCCAACCCGUCCGGCUGCGGACCUCUUACUGAGCUGCCAGACUGGUCGUACGCGGAUGGUGGUCCUGCUCCCCUAAUGAAAGGCCAACUUCUGAGAAAAGCCCAAAGGGAGAAGUUUGCAAGACGAGUUGUAUUGCUGUCACAGGAAAUGGAAGCUGGAUUACAGGCAUGGCAGUACAGGCGGCAGCAGAAGUUGCAGGAAGAAGAAAAGAGGCAGAAAAAUGCUCUUAAGCCCAAACGGGCUUCACUGCAGAGCCCACUUCCAAGUCAAUAAAAAGCAACUCUUACCCUGUUC